AAGGUCAGUUAAAGAGGAGUCUGGGUAUUGACGAUCAAGAUGCCUCACUCAUCUGGCUGACACUGUACUCCAGGGCUUCAAAUGCUUACUAGAAACACCCAGCAACAUGUGGUUGUAGUCAAGGUAGCUACUCCCAUGCUGCUACCACACAGACAAUGGAAAUCAUGUCAAAUUGCUGCAUUGAUUGUGAAGAAGUUGUGAUAUUUAUUACAUGUAUUUAAAAAUCCAUAAAGGUGUCUUAUAAAUAGCCUCAUAGGUAAUUUUAUUACAUGUGAUAAACAAUAUUAUUAUAUUAGUUAAGUGGUAACAAAGAUUUGCAACCAACUAGCCAGAACUGCAAGAAACUGUAGUAGUGAAUGGAGGGGCAAGAGGCAUUCUAGAUGUUCAAACCUGAAACCAUAAGGACGUGGAAACUUUCAUUUUAAAAGUUCAAAUGUUAGUCUUGAAAGCACACCUAAGAUACACCUAAGACUCUUUGACUGCUUUCUCUUGGUAUGAGCUGUAUCCAUAGUAACUGGUCUGUGUGACCUCAUCAGGAGGGCCAUUGUGAGAGCGUCUGAACCAACAGAUAUAAGGGAGGACAAACCAGGUUGACUUUCUGUGGGUGUUUUGAGAGGCGUUCUGAUAGGUGAAGUGUCCUGUGUAAUUUGGCUGAUAUAUAGUGAACGUGUGUGUGUGUGUGUGUGUGUGUGUACCUUAUUAUACCUUCGUAUGUAUGUGUGUUUGUGUGUGUUUAGCUUUGAGUGUUUGGCUUUUUAUUUUGAUUUUUUCUUUUUGGUGUGUAUGUUAGUGAAAGGGUUGAUUUUGCUUGUUUUUUUAAAUUUUUUAAAAUUAUUUUAAUUCUACCUAUUAAUUUUUAUAUCCAUCUACCUUCUUACCUACCUACCUACCUACCCACAUACCUACCUAUUAUCUACUUACCUACCUAUCCUCUACUUACCUACCUAUUUACCUACCUACCUGCCUGCCUACCUACUUAUCAUCAACCUACGUACCUACAUACCUCCUACCUAUUCUCUACCUACCUACCUGCCUGCCUGCCUACCUACCUACCUACCUGUCUGGGUAGCCUUGAUACCAGUGAUGUGUGGUCUAAAGGGUGAGGUGACAGCAGGGCCCACCCUCCCAUAUGAGACUCUUGGGGCUCAGUAUGUUAUUUUGAGGACCAUAGGCCAAGGAAGUUAUGGCCAGGUGAAAUUGGCUCACCACAGACUCACGGGCACAGCUGUGGCGAUAAAAGUCCUGCUGAAGGAGAGAACACAAUACUAUCCGAUCAGAACGGAAGUGGGGAUAUUGAAGAAGAUGAACCAUCCAAACAUCAUUUCGUUACACCAAAUCAUUGAAACUGAACAGAACAUCUUCCUGAUCUUGGAACUGGCCGAUGGACGUGAGCUGUUUGAUUGGAUUGAGAAAUCAGGCCAUUUACAUGAGGGCCUAGCCCGGAAAAUAUUCAUUCAGAUUGUACAUGCCAUGAGUUACUGUCAUGACAUAGGCAUAGUACAUAGAGAUCUUAAGCCUGACAACAUCAUGGUUGAUGCCUCAGGAAAAGUUAAAAUUGUAGACUUUGGUCUGGGUGCCCUAGUUACACCCGGUAUGAAGCUUUCUGAGCAUUGUGGUGCCUUACGAUUUUGUGCCCCGGAAUUUUUCCUAAACCAACCAUAUGAUGGAACGAAAGUGGACACUUGGAAUAUAGGCGUUGUUUUAUACUUCAUGGUGACCGGGGACCUGCCAUUUGUAGGUACCACCCUUAAAGAGCUUGGAAACCAAGUUUUGCUGGGACGAUAUGCUAUUCCCCGGCACCUUUCAAAAGAACUUCGAGAGAUUAUCCGGUAUUUACUUACUGUAAAUCCUACAGAAAGACCAACACUAAAGGAUAUUAUGACACACCCUUGGCUUAAGCAAGGAAAUGCAGGUUUCUUAAGCCACUGUGAUAAGAUAGACUCUAGUCACCUGGAUCCUGCAAUCAUAGCAGCCAUGGCAGAUAUGGGCUUUGACCCAUGUGUUGUCCAGAAAUCUUUAGUCGAUAAGCUGUAUAAUGAACCGAUGGCGACUUAUGGCCUAUUAAAACGCCAGGCAGGCAAGCAGGAUGACCACACUAGCCAACCUGAGCCAGUGCAACCAGGAUUAACACCUUUCCCCACUCUCACAGAUCCUACAAGCUUCCCUUCCUACCGAGAGCAGACAACUGAUAGACCAGCUAUUCGAGCCUUUCUAUCAUUAAGCUCAAAAACUGACUCUUCCAAGGACAAAGAACAUGGAGGGCAGAGGCUAAGAAGAAGUGCAACUGCGCCUAUAAUGCCACCUCACUGCCCACAGAAGAGGAUAAUCAUUUUUUCUGAUGAGAGGGUCAACAACAGAAGACAGCACAAUUCAACUAUGGACUCAAUCCGAGGUGCGUACAGGAGCUGGAAGAGGUGGACAGGGAGAAUUGGGGCCAGUUUAUUACAGCUCUGCUGCUGCUGCUGCUGCUGCUGCUGCAUACCACUUAAGAACAACAGAGUGGUGCCCCAAAUGGAGGCAUAGGAGGAAGACAAGAAGCCGGAGGCCAGCCAAAGGUGCUGAUGUCCUCUGAAUUAUGGGGUCACGGUGUUGGGGAUUAUUCAUGAGUGGACUCAAGGAACUGCUGGGAGGGACACACGCAUAAAGUCCAGAGGCCUGGGAAGAUCCAGGAGAGAGACAGCAAAUGACUCAAGUCUCUUCAUGCGAAUUCCAUUCCUUAAAGAUAUAGGCAAGACAACAGUCUUCUAAAGCAUCUAGGCCAAUGGCCCGAAAGCGAGUUUGAAGACAGCUGCCGUUCUGCCUGUUCAGUAUCUUGUUGGACUGGGGAAAAUCCCUGCACUAUUCCUUGCUGGACUGCAAUGAUCCGUAGAUUACAGUGUUUCUUAGAUUUGUUGUUACUCUUUUACAAUUGAAUUUAUCAUAAAGACUGUAUGCUAAUUUUAGAAUAAAGUUGAUAGAGGUAGAAUGACAUGUAA